CGUCUAUGGAGGAGAAAGACAGAGACACACAAACGCCAUUUAUCCGUCUGAGCGGCUCAGCUAACAGUCUGACCGGGCAUUAUGACGGAGACCUCAGCUCAUGUCCACAUUCCCGACCCACAUUUUCCCCCCUCAACUCGCCCUCCUGCUCCACUGAAAAGCUUGAGUCUAGUGCUUACCACCAGUCUCUCCGGGAAUAUUUCCUCACUGGAUUACCCAUGGUCGUCCAUCCUGUGAUCGUUCUACGUCUGUUGUUUCAUCGACUUUUCGGCAACAUGAUACGCCGAAAAACUCUGUACUCUGACGCAAAGCUCAAGCCUCCGAAAGUGGACAAGGUCGAUAUAUGUCCGCCUAGGAAGCCGGAGCUGUCUCAAGGGGAUGGGGUCACGUUGGCGAAAGAGCAGCAGCAUUCACACCAGCAGCAACAGCAACAACAACAGCAACAGCAGCAGCAGCAGCAACAACAGCAACAACAGAAUAAAAGAUUUGGACCUGAAGAAGGCGUGGGGUUACAGGAUCAAGAGCAGCAACCUUUGCUGCAGCAGCAGCAGCAGCAAGGGAAAACCCCCAAACCGAAGCCAAGUCUACGAGUUAUGAUUUCAGACUCGGGGAUCGACGAGGACGAAGGCCAUACCCAUGACCCUGAUGAUAGAGAUGUGAUGAUGACUGGAACCGGUAGCGAAAAGAUUUUAUCACCGAAGUCUCAAGCCACCGGGCAAAAUUAUUUACAAAGUAAAAAUGGAACAACGACAAAACUUGCCUUACGCGCUAUUGGAGAGAGCCUAGUUACACCGCUUGAUCUCGACAUCAUGUCGAAGAACGGAGAAUCCUCAGGACGCCAAAUCGGAGGCUCGGCAACCACACCCCCAGAAGUGGAAGCAUCUGGAGCUCAAGAGCUUCCAAUGAAAAGCCAGAAGAAGUUAUUUCGUUGGCCCAGCAAGAAGCGGCUGUCCAAGUCACAGGUGAACGUGCAACUGACUCACCAGGACAGCAUCGUGAGCCAGCACAGCACUGCCUCCAGCAACGACUCCUCAACGCCGGAGGUUGACAUCGUGGCCUUCCAGCGAGAGCUAAUCAACCUGCCCACUUUUGUGAUGGAGACCCCGCCCUGCGAGGUUUCCCCCGUCUUCUCCCGUUCCAGCUCCGUACCCGAGAACUUGGCGUCUCGACACCGUUCCAAUCUCAUUAACAGCUCCACGGGGCAACUGCACGUACACACUGACAUCGCUGACAGCAAGCACAGCCCGAGUCGACCAACGUUCAUUUUCCCCGGCACGUCCUUGUCUGUGGGAACCUUCAAAACGGGCUCUAUGGUUACGAUCACCACAACGGAUGUAGGAGGGAAGAGCGAGAGGAUUUUACACCAACCGUCCACUUCUUCUUCCGCUGUCCCUGUUAUUCCUUCUUUAUCGGAUCAUUCUCAUCAUCACCACCACCGUCCACCUGGACGCAUCACGUCACCAAAGGGCACUCCCCCCGCCACAACUAUCACUGUGCACUUCGAGGCUCCCUCUUCCCCAAACCCUUCCACGUCCAGCCAAAGCCCUCAAGCUACUCAGUUUGACUUCCCGACCAUUCCACCCUCGACCAGUUUCUCCAACCACCUCUCGGUCAAACAGGAGUAUGGCCCCCCAUCUAUGCUGUCCCCACUCCAGCAGCAGUUCAUGCCUCACACGUCCCUCUCCAGCCCAGCCCUGUGCUCCCCCACCAAUGAUCACAGAGCCAGCGGUUCUCCCUCGUGUGUCAGCUCCACUUCUCCUUCCGCCACUCCCAGCUAUGAGAUUUCCUUCCAACACAGGGGUGUGCUGAAAGUGCUUGAGAGCUGGUCUGCUAUCUGCAAGACAGAUCUCGAGGGCAACUCGCUCAUGGCCCUGGAGACUAUGGAGUUUCUAAAGCGUCUUUCCACCAUGGGCCAUGAGUACAAAGUCUGGUGUCAAAAGUUUGGCAAUUCUUUAAGAUUAGAGGAAUGUAUAGCAGCGGAUAAAGCAGCCGAGGCAAAGGACGACAACGCUUCAAUACAUAUGCAGUAUAAGAAGCUCCAGCAGCUUAUCGUCAGCGGAGACCUGCCCUGUUCCAAAGAGGAAGCGGCCACGCUGGCUGGGAUUCAGGUCCAUUUAGAAGAGGCCUGGCCAGAGACAGACGAUGACGACGAGACGGUACGCCACGCGCAGGCGCGAGGUAACCACCACAACCACCCCCACCACCAGGGCAGCAACAGCUGCGGUAGUCCAGGAGACAACGUGUCCAAUCCAGAGGACAGCCCACAGGAACAGACCAGGUGCUUCCGGGUGUACGGGGACAGCGAAAGGCAGGACAAUCUCAGGCAUAAGAAGGAGCUGAUUCGUUCUCACCGGGCGCAGAGGAUUACUAGCACCCGCCGGAGCACCAAGUUCGCGAGAACCUUGCUGUGCACUGGUGACAACAACGACUGGCAGACACAGGAGUGCCUCGACCUCACCCGCUACCUGCCCCCGCACUACACGUCGUCCAAGAAGGUUCGGGAACUCAUCGAGGACAAGCACACCAAACUAUGGCACACACCUCAUUACGAGAACGAGGCCAAGUUGAAACAACUGUACAUCAAGAUCUGCAAAAACCUCCCCUCUUAUGGAUGCAAGCUUUUCCAAGUGAAAGAAAUACUCAGGGGAAACACACAGAAAAAGGUCCCUCGUCUUUUAGCCAUCUCCAACGAGAAGAUCAUGCUUCUAGACACCAAAACCCAAGUCCCAGCAAAGUGGCACCAGCUCAAAGACAUGGAGGACUGGCUCUCUGGGAGCGGCAAAGCUCAUGACAAUCUGGUCCUGGAGUUCCGUGGCACAAAGCCGUGGACCCUCGCUAUGCCCACGGUGGACACGCUCAAGUCUGUCACCGCCGCCAUUUGGGAGGCCUUGGAUAUGGACGGAAGAUUUUUAGGAAAUGGCGCCAUGCAGAGAGAAAGUUUUGAGUUUGACUAUCAAAGACGCCAGCUGACACCAAGACCCGAACUAGAACCGCUCAGUAAAUACACGGAAGAGCUGGAAGGGCUACAGAAACUACUGCAUUUCCCAGAAGAAGUUGCUCUGAUGCUCACCGAAACAGAACACCAGCUGUUCUGCAGCGUACCAUCCCAGCACUAUGUCCGUCAUGUGACCAUGGAACUCUCCCGUCCCCUGCUGCAAAAGACACAGCCCUCAGUGGAGCAGCUUAUACAGAGGUUCAAUGAGGUGAGCUCGUGGGUGACCCAGCUGAUCGUAACACAGGCGACUCACGACGAUCGUAAAGCGGUGCUGUCCUGUAUUCUGAGACUCACCGUCUACUGUUGGGUGCUGGGCAAUUUCAACUCUGCUGUGGAGAUUCUCUGUGGACUCAGGUCUGAAAAACUCAAACCUUUCUGGCUGUCGAUUGAGGACGAGGAUCUGUCCACGCUGUACUCACUGUCGGACAUGUUGCUGACCAGGGAGCUAUCACCCGAGUACCGGGAGGCCAUCAACAGAGCCCUGGACAUCCCACAAUGCAAGGUGGUGCCCUUCUUCGGCUGCUUCCUGCGCGAGCUCAAGAGCAUCUUCGUGGGUGUGCCCAGCAUCGUGGUACUGCCUUCGGAGGAGAACCAGUCACUGGAGUUCGUGUCGGACUUCAACGGAGAGGAUCGCUUCAUGACGCGUAUCGGCGUGGGUGGACUCAUCAACCUGGACAAGCUGAGACAAGCCCACCUGGUCCUGGGAGACAUCCGUCUCUUCCAGCAGCACGGCAAGAAGGAGGAGGAGGCUGGGGAGGAGGAUGAGGCAGCCAGCGCAGCAAGCAAAGACACUCAGUCUACCACUUACGACAGCGACAUUGACUAUGACCUUGACCUGGAUAGCUACCAGCCUGUGCGACCUUUGUCCAGCGAGCAUGAGGUCAUGGUCAUAACGCCCCGAGUUUUACAGCUUGAUCUUCAGACUCUCCAGAUCUUGAACCACGGCACCACAAUGAUCCAGUGGGACGAGGAUGCUGGUCGUUCGGGGCUCUGCGUCCUUCGCCUUGAAGCCGACAACGCGACCUUGACCUGGUGUCGACCCGGAUGGAGUGCCCUCCGCGGCGUGACGUCACCUCCAGACUUCAUCCUCCACUCGGACCAGCCCCACCCCUCCUUACAUGUGCUGUGCGCGCGCUACUCCAGCGGGAGUGAGGACAACUACAACUCUUUAGAAGAAGGCUACCUCGACGUUCUUCACAUCAAAGAAGUGUACCUGGGCGACGAGACGCUAGACCGCGCCUCCAUCAGCAAGAGGCAUGGGCUCGAAUCCUUGGAGUCUGACCACAACUGUAUUACAAUCGUGCACGGGAGUAGCUUGUCAGCCAAUCACAAGCUCUGGUUUGUGGGCCCUCCGAGCGUGACGCGAGCCUGGUAUAGAGGAUUGUGCAAGCUGCGGGCAGCUGCGGGCAUGCUGAGGAACCAAAUGGAUAAACGCGUCAUGUGGCUCAAGCAGCAGUAUCUUCAGCUGUACUACGACGGAGAAAAGUGUCAGGGGCCGACACCAGCUGAAGCUGUGAAGGUGUUUGGCGGAAGGUCAUGGUCUUCCGGACUGCCCAGUUCGGCCUUGAGCGAGCCUGUAGGCUCCUUCAAACGAGCACCAAGCUUUGUGGUGGGCCCUCCUAACAUUUUCAAGAAAGGAAAGAGUUCCGGAAGUGUGUCCAAGCAGUCAGAGGCUUCCAAAGGCGCCAACCAAACCCAGACCGCUGCCCCUGUAGACAGCGGUAAGAGCACCGCAGGAAAGUCCAAACGCACCCCGAGCCCCCUGCGGAAGGUACGCAGCGAGAUGAACAAGUCACACAACAGCGACCCCACUCUCAACCAGAUCGCCCGCGGGAGUCCCACUCUAGGAUUCCGCCCGCGGAGUCUGACCUUCAGUUUCACGAGUCGCUACCGUUCCCGUCGACGGCGCAUGUCCCUGGGAUGUCGGACUGGCGACAAGUCUGCGUCCAUCACACAUUCCACGCAGUUGUCAUUCCUCGACUUUGUAGACCUCUUCAAGUCUUUUGGGCUCCGAUGCCGCAAGGACCUGAAGGAUCUCUUCGACCAGAUGUCUUCCACCAAGAAGCCACACGUGGAUGAGGCCACGUGCUCAGUGGACAUUCCCAGCCAAGUGCCAACCAGUGAUAGUAUAUGCUCGGUGACCCGCAUCACCCCACAAGACCUGAAGCUGGAGAGCCAGCAGAGGCACAAGAUUUGUGACGCCCUGGCUGUGUCCAGCAUCAUUUCCAACUGUGCCGGGGUGGACACAAGCCACAGCUCCUACCUCACGCCCGCCGAGAUACACGACUUUCUGGUCAACUUUCAGGACAUGGACCAUCCCCUCCCACACUAUUACGUCGCCUCAUCCCACAACACGUACCUCACCGGUCACCAGCUCAAGGGAGAGUCCUCCAUAGAGCUCUACAGUCAGGUUCUGCUCAUGGGCUGCCGCUGUGUAGAGCUGGACUGUUGGGACGGGGAGGAUGGCUCUCCCAUCAUCUACCACGGUCAUACUCUCACCACCAAGAUCUCAUUUAAGGGAGUUGUAGAAGCAAUCAACAGGAGUGCCUUUGUCACAUCGCCCUACCCCAUCAUCCUGUCCAUCGAAAAUCAUUGUUCCCUUGCACAGCAGCAGAAAAUGGCCCAAAUUUUUGUGAACGUCUUCGGUGAUAAGCUGGUCACAGACUUCCUGUUUGACUCGGAUUACGCCGAAGACCCCCAAUUGCCUUCACCGAACCAACUCAAGCAUAAAAUCCUCAUCAAGAACAAGAAACUCAAGGACAACGACAGCUUGGCAGCUGCUAAAAAGGUACCUCGGAAGACGAAGCCGAAGAAAGCAAGCCAGAUUGCCAAGGAACUCUCCGACCUGGUGGUGUACACUCACGCUGUCAAGUUCAGAGCCACACCGAAAGGCAGCUAAUGAGAACAUACCCAGCGGGGAUGAGAAUCGAUUCUUCAAACUUCAACCCUGUCAUCUUUUGGGCUUUCGGCAUACAAAUGGUUGCCUUGAACUAUCAAACUGAAGAUGUGGCCAUGUCCUUGAACACUGCAAUGUUUGAGCAAAACAGCCGGAGCGGCUACGUGCUCAAACCCACUGUCAUGUGGGACAAGUCACACGUGAUGUACAACAGGUUCAACCCAUGGGACAAAGAGUUUGAUGGUCUGCACACUACCAUCCUAACUUUGCAGGUUAUCUCAGGCCAGUAUGUGUGUCAGAACUACUCCACUAACGUGCAAGUCGAGGUGGAAGUUAUAGGCAUUCCUGUGGACUGUGCAAAGCAGAAGACCAAAGUGGUACCGAAAAAUGCGCUCAAUCCCAUCUGGAAUGACAUUUUCACCUUCCAGAUUUUGUUUGCUGACCUGGCCUUCAUUCGGUUCGUGGUAAUCGAUGCCAGCACCAGCCACAUGGUCACACAGAGGGUCAUUCCGCUCAAGUGCCUGCGACCUGGGUACCGACACGUCCGCCUCAGAAACGGCUCAGGUCAGCCUCAGGAGCUGUCCACACUGUUUGUCUAUACCAAACAUGAGGAAGAGUUGUUGGAAACUAGGAAUGGGCUGGACAUCAGCAGUCUGACGGUCUCCUCGGUCAAACGAAUGUCCAUCUUUUCCAAAGUCCGGGAGCUGUCGGAGGCUUCAAAGCAAGAUUCCAAAGAGAUUUUGACAUCAAGUGGGACAAAACUGAAGCGGAGAAUGUUCUUCAUCAGCGUCUUCGGUGUGACAGCCCCAGAUGAGUAUAUCAUUCUCAAAGUCACUCAGGAUUCCACUGUCGCUGACACUAUCGCUCAGGCCUUGACAAAAGUUGGUCGCCUUGACGAAAAGGUUGCAGACUACGUAUUAGUGGAAGAUGUCCAAAGCGGAUGGGAAAAGAAAGACCAAGAAAAGGCCAGUUGCCAGAGAAUUCUGGAUGUCGGAGAGAAGGUUUUGGCAGCACAGAACAAGUGGAAAGGAGCAGGAAAAUUUAUACUCCGCAGACUCAGUGAUGAUCCCAGCAGCAGAGCAUGGAUGACUACAAUGCUGAAAGAGCAAAAGCGGCAGAUGGAAGAGUCCAACACAGACUGGGAAGUGACCGAGCACAUGUUUCUUGUCUGUGUCUUCAACGUUUCCCCUGACCAGCCAUACACAAUCUUCAAGGCUCCAGUGACCAGCACUGCCCAAGACAUCAUCACCCAGGCAAUGAAAAAAGCUCAUCGUGCCAAUACAGAAGACCCCCGAGACUUUGUGCUUCUAGAGGAGCUGGCGAGCCAGAGUGAAACCCAUCAAGCUACCUCCUCCAAACGCACAGGCAGUGAGAAGGGAGACAGUUCUCGUACCCUAGCUGAUGAUGAAAACGUGUAUCAGGCUCAGAAUGAGUGGAAAACAGCCGGUCGAUUUGUGCUGAUGAGUAGAAUGGAGGUCAGCAUUGAUGAGGAGGAGAAAAAGCGUUACUUGAAAGGUUCCAUAUCUAAAGGUGGCAACUUCACAAAGAGGUUUGGUUCAAAGCGCCUAUCAAGACAUCCCACUCAAGGAGACAAGCUCUUAAGCUGUCAGCCUCAAGAGACUUUCCACCGGUCCAUAAGUUUUCCGUCACAAGUAAACAACUCAGCAGUGGUCGCCAAGGCAACAGCUCCCUCUCCGACCAUGUCCCCCAAACCUCCCGAGCGUUCUCCAGCUCUUCCAUUUUCCAAGAAAAUCUCAAAACUGAGCUUCAAACUGAAUAAGUGAGUCAUUGGUGUGAAGUUAAUGCUGGUCAUUUAUUUUGCACUGUCAAUGACUAAAGAAAGUUGAAAUGACAAGAAAGUUCAACUUUUUGUCAAGCCAAGUUUUGAAAGAUGAUCUGUGAUUUUUUCUCUCCUCUAUAUGGAUGAUUUGACAAUAUACCUGAAAGUUCCCCUGUACGGGUAAAAACCACAGUGAUUCAGAUAUCUCCAUGAUGGCAGUUGACAUGGAAAUCAGAAAAUACGGUCUCCAGUUUCGUUCAGUAUGGCACGCACGUUGAUGUGUCAUAACAGGCUUUUGUUGCAACUCAUGAGACUUGAAAUGAACUUCUCAACAAUUACUGAAGUUUUUAAAGGUGAUCCUGUCACGAGCAUCUUGUACAGCCCGUUAGAUAAUUUGUGGAAAUGUUAUCUUUAUGAAACACACUAUUUCAGUUUGUUCCUAAAGAAAUGUACUUUAUAUGGUACCCUUGAAACUAUUUUAGUUAGUGGCAAAAAAUAUGGAAACACACUUCUUUAGCAGCAGAAGAAGCUUUGUACUUUUGGCCUCAGUUUUUUUUUGUUCUAAGACAUCUAAAUGUUAAGCUAAAGAGAUUAGUGAGUGGCUUAUAUCAAAAUUAUCAGAUAUAUCACCAGCAAUUUGUUCAAUUGUCCUAAACCCAGAAGCAAAUUUUUUCAGAAGACAGAAAAAGCUGUUUCAUUCUUUUAACAACUGUACCACCUACUUUGUGUUUAUUUUUGCUUUUGUCAACAUUUAGAAUUUGAAUUUGGAAAAAAUAUGUCUUGAGCAUAUGCAACCAAUACCACAGAGUUCGAAACAGCUUUUUUUUUUUAAAUCAAAAUUAGGGGUUUAGAACAUCCGAGCAGCUGGUUGACAAUAUUUUGGGAAUUAAAGUUACAGAUUUCUUCUGAUUUGGUACAAACAUUUCUUUAAAUACUAUGGAGACCUUGCCAUGACAAUACUUUUUUUUCUGAGACUGCAAUGUCAAAGAUAAACAGACACCAUGACAUGUUAAUGGCAAACCUCAGAAUCAUAUCUGGACAUUUGUAAUUAAUACCAAUCGUGGCAACAGUAUAAGCGAGCAUUUGCAGACAUAGCAGUUGUACUGCCUCUCUCAAACGCCGUGCACCAUAUCACUCAAUGCCAAAUUACUUGUUUGAACCUUCUGUAGUCAAAAUGAUGAAAUGUGUUCAGUGGGUGUUCUUGUAAUCAUUGAUGCAGUGUUUCGUAUUGUUGUAUUAAGAUCAACAGGACAAACGGCUGUUUGUUUCCUCCAGUCAGCAAAUUUCAAAUGGUUCAUACAAGUGUUUACAAAGUGCAAUAGAUUUUUACAAUAUACUUUUUUAUGUACAGAUAAAAUCUUCUCAGUUCAAUGGAGUAAACUUGUAUUUGUUUAUGUCUUUGGGUAAGUUUGUGCGUCAGAUUAUGUGCAUGCAUGUCUGCAAGUAAAUAUGAGUGUGAGCAUAUCUGUAUGCUGGGCUUGCAAACGUUAUGAGUGUGUGGUCUUUUUGAUGGUCAAAUUCAAGAGUUAUUGGUAUUGUUUCCUUUCUUUUCAUAUUUUGGUGGUAUAUCCUUUCCUUUUGGUGAAAUAUGUAAUGAGCCACUCAUUUUAUGACAUUCCUCCAUGUUUAACUGACAUUGAUCAUUGUACAGUCAUUUAUGGCAUACUUAAAGCCACUUUUAAAAAACAUGUUUUUUGUCUUUUCUGAGAGCUCUGUUCAACAUAAGAUUGUUCUUCUGUUUGUUACAUUUGGGUGUGCAGUGAAAUAGCCAAAAUACUUUUUUAUGCUCACACAAUAACUGGUGACCCUGACUAUAAUAUGUGGCUAACACCAUGUUAAAAAUGAUGAUAUCGCAACAAUGUUGAUUUUUUUUUUAGGUUACAUCCCUCUUUUGUAUGUUUAGGUGUUUGUAACAAAAUAGUUUGAUUAUAGUUUCCAAAGUUUAAAUAGUAUGUUCACACUGUUCAAUGAAUAUUUUCAGCAAUAGCUAUGUAUUGUAAACAUGCUUUCACCUGAACAGGUUCUUUGACCAAUAUUUGUACAUUAUCAGUAUGUAAAAAAGAGUAAAUGUAAGCGUUUUCUAAACAAAAGUAAAUGAGGAAUUAUGAAUAUAUUCAUGCCAUGUUGCUGACCUGCCUCAAACAAAUUGUGUAUGUGUUAGGGAAAUUUGGCAUAAUCUACUUAAUAACUUUAUCCAAAUGCUUGUGGUGUUCUCUACUGAAAUACUGAUGAAGUCAGACAUUUACAACAAACUCACUUUCACCUAAUAUUACAUUUGUUGGUAGACAGUUCUUUAAAGUGCUGACAUGGUCAUUGUGUGAUCUCUGUUUUAAAUGUUAUGAUGAGCAUCUACUAUAUGUUUGACUUUAUAUAAAGGGAGUUUACAUUCUUUGGAGGCAAAGUUGUUGUGUUGGACUGUGAAAAGAUGACUGCGAAACUUCCUUACAUUUUAAGCCAGUGAUUACUUGUCCAUCAUCAGAUGUAGUAAAGGUUUCCAACAUAUCUGAACUAAAAUGUUCUUUUCCACUUCCCAUAUAGCAAACUGUUCUCUUAAUUAUGCAACACAAAUAGUUUUUGAAAUUUUUAGAUAAAAAAUCCACAAUUAUGGGUCAAGACAUUAAUUUGUGUUACUAUCAUAACCGUUAACAAAAGAUGUUCAGUUAAAAAUGAGUAAUGAUCCUAUGAUGGAGGCGUGGAAUGUACUGAUCUCUGAAGGUUUUAUUACAUAUCAACAAGUAAAUCAUUCUGAUUUAUCUCUGCACAAAAAAAUCAACCCAUGUGACUAGGGAUACAUACAGGACAUGCGCGAUUGAGAAUUUAUUGUGAUAUCUGUGAGAAGAAUGGAAUUCCAUUCAGUUUGAUUGGUUUUCUGUUUGUUUGUUUGUUUGUAUGUUUGUUUGUUUGUUUGUUUGUUUGUAUUUCUGAUGAAAAGACAGAGAUAAGUCUAUUGUAGAUUCAAGAAUUUACGAUGUAAGAAGUUAGCCCAAAGAUACAAAAGUUCAGAACAAUGAUUUUGAAGCCAUUAUUCAGGAAAACUCCCCUAUAAGGUGCAAAAAAGGGAAAAUAGCUAUGUUCAAUUCAGUUAUCAACAAAAAAGAAGUGCAAAGAGUCUCAAAUUGUUCCAGAUGCACUUAUCUGUUAUUGUGGGCCAAAAUCGGAAUUGGAUAAAAUGUGUGUUAAUCUUUCUUUCGAAUUGUAGACCACGAUAGAAAAUAAAAAUUCUUACCAUCUAUGAUAUCGUCUUUAAAGUGGGUGCUCUGCUUGCUCAGUUGGUAUCAUGCUGUUGGCCGUAGUUUCAAAUCCUAAACUGGGCGUUCUUGAGCACGUUUCAUUUGCGGAGUUUUCAAGGCUCUCAACCCUUUUGGCUCAGUCCUAUCGGAGAGGGAUGUUAGUUAAAUUCGGAGGCCUCACCUCUUAAAAUAACUAAUAGUGUUAAUAGGGGUGUUUAACCCCUACAUAUACUUAACUUUGCAUUUACUCUUACAGUUAUAAGAAAUUGUCAGAGGGAAAGCACCUGGAACUAUGCAGCUUGUCCAGUGAUAUAGAGUAGAAUGGUUAACCCUUUAUGUGUUAUGGGUUUUUUUGUAUAAAUAAUCAAACUGUCAUUUUAUGUAAAAGCUCUUCAAGCAUGUACAAUCUGUAAAUUUCAUGAAAAACAUUUUUUCAUCCUAGGGUAAUAUCUGAAAAUUGGGUGCAAUGAAUGAAUAUCAAUAUUAAAUAAUAUUAUGAUUUAUUGAUUCCAGAGAAAUAUAAUACAUUACAAUCUAUUUCAUGAACUCGUUGUAUUAAAAAUGCAGUGUAUGAAGGUAGGAGUCUGUGACACUCUCUUAAGAAAUUAUAUACCAUUUUAAGAAAAAUCCAAGAAACGCAUAGUGGAAUGAGCUUGAACUGUGGAGAUAUUUUCCUGCCUCAUCUAAAGUGUUAGUGUUGUUGAAGUUGGUUGCCAUGUUCAACACAAGUCAUGACAUCUUGAAGGCAUAGCACUUGGAACUUUAUUGAGAUACUAGUCUGAGAGGAGAGGUUUCAGUUCAGGAACAUGAGAAAAAUUACUGUGAUGCCAUUCAGAUUCAAACCUUGAACUUCCAAGAGGCAAAUGAAGGUUGCAAAUCAUUGUGCCACAGCAGCUGCCCUUAUAUCUGGGGUUCCGGUUUACAGGAACAUAAUGAGCCACUAUGUGCAUGCAAACUAUAGGCUUUCCAAUGUAAUUUAUACAUAUGCUGGCCUCUUCCCUGAUAUAAAUUAAGUUAAAUUGUCAGUUCUUUGAUAGAGAUAGGUAAGCUGGGUUUUUGUUGUUUCUGGGGUUGUUGUUUUUUAGGAGGGGUUGUUUUUGGUUGUUUUUUUUUAAUUGAUGUAUUGAACCUCUGUUAUCUGGUUAGAUUGUGAAUUUGUUCCGUUAUAACAUGAAGCUUAUGGAUUUGCCAUAUAUAGAAAGACCAUUUCUUCCAUUACAGUUCCAUUUCAGUCUCGGGCAGUUCUUAUCAAACACAUUCUCAGAAACCAUUGCUUCUACGGUGAAAACAAAGAUGAAGAAAAAAAUAAAGUAGCCUACUGGCAAAGAACAGACUGGAGCAGAAAAUCGUCAAACUAUGCAUUCACGUAAGUGAGGAAGAGAUGAAAUAACUAUCUGUGCGUUGAGUUUGAAAUAUUGUUAUAUUAAAGAAUAUUUAGUUUUACAGAACAAUUUGCAACCACAUCAUUAUAAUAAAUCAUCAGUAGGCCUACACAUCUCCAUUAAAAUUCUAAUUGUUGAAAACCGUUUGGCAUUCAAUAAAGUAACUUAGAUAAGUGGGAUUUCCAUUUUGCAAACUGACAACAUGAAGACGAAGACAGAGGAGUAAUCAUUUUCCCAAAUUUUAUUUAAUUUUUGAAAAAUAAACACUUUGGAAACACAAUAAAAAGCAUAGAGAGGUCCCCCCCCCCCCCCCCCCCACCCCGCAGUGAAAAAAAUAGACUACUUCCGAUACGACAUUAAUUUCAAUCAAAUGCUGUGACUUUCCAAAGUGCUUCCACAAUUGGUCCUGUUUUCCAGUUUGUUUUCAUGUCAAUUCCUUAUUUCCGUUGUUUCUCUUUGUCCUCACACUUUUGGUAAAAUACAAAAUUGUAUAGGCUACCAGUACUGUAUAUUUUCUGAAAUGGAUUUCUUCGUCAGUGGUUCGGUUAGUCAAUAAUGAUAGAUGAUCGUUUCCUAAGAAGUAAGCUAAGGCGAGAUAACCUUAGGACUCAAAAUGAGAAUAUCUUUCAUUGAACUUUUCUCUAGAGUGAAUGUUUUGUGAGAAGAAACGUGUGCUUUUGUUUUCUCUAAUGAGAAAAGGGGGAAACUUUUGUAUGAUAAAUAACUGCCCGCCCUAGAGCCUUCAAAAAGACAUUAAGUAAGGAUUGUUGCGUUUGUCAGUACAUGUACUACAUGUAGUAACUUAAUGGGGAUGUGUGUCAAUGUUGGAAUAGUUCUGUGACAUGUAAGUUUAAUCAACUUUUUUUUCCCUCACGACUGAUCAGACACUUCCUGAAAUCAAACAGACUUUCCUGUCGUAGGCCCCACCCAAUACUUAAACCCUCCCAUCCCAUUUAAUCAAAAAUACAUGUGAUAGACGUUUGUAUGUGAUAUUUUCUAGCGAAAACACAUUUUUAUAAGUGUACAAGGAGUUGUCAGAUGUAAAUAAAUAAUAUGUUGUUUGUAUUUUGAAAGUUUAAUAAAAAGGAAGAAAACAAUAAAGUGUUGAUUAUUGAAUACA